AUGGCGACUGGGUGGACACAAUUUCAGCCUUGGCAAAAUCAGCCUCUUCCUCCAGGCUGGGAAGCGAGAUAUGAUGCAAACGUCAGAAGAUAGUAAGUACCCUCGAACUAACGGCUAAUGUAUUUUGCAGGACUGCUUUUAAGAAAAUAAGGCUGACCUCCUUGAGGUACAAUGUAAAUUCCGGUUUCCGCUGAAUUCGAGCAGUUGUCGCUUCCUACCACCUAAAACACGCAUUAAAUGUUUAUUUGGAAAAUAUGAAAAGCUCUCUGCCAUCAGUUCUCUUAGAUAUUUCGCUUGAAAUGUACUGUAACAUAAUUUACCACCCUGACUUGCAUGAUUUUCACGCGUUUUUUGUUGUCAUCUCCAACUUUAUAAGCUUAUUGUUUCCGUCACAGUGAGUAAAAAGAAAUUAUAUCUAAAUAAAUAAAUAAAUAGAAUAAUACUUAAGGUUACUCACGGUGAGCUAGAGAUCAAAAGUUUUAAGCUGAUGUUUGUUUAAAAAGAAUACAAAAUGCAUGAAUUGAUUAGAAGAUACAACAGCUGAUUAUGAUCCUAAGUCAUUGAUCAUGUGAAUUUGAUUUUAAUUGUUUGGUGUAAUUUUGUUGCGACUUUUUAGCUAUUUCAUCGACCACAAUACGCACAAGACAACUUGGGAGGACCCUAGGAUAAAAAAACCAGAAGCCAUUCCUAUGAGCCAAUUCAAGGUGAAAUGGAGAGGAUAUUUAACACAAUGAGGGAUAGCCUCCCAUGCAGGCAUUUUUAGGGGAGUUGUAUUUCCUCCCUUCCCAAAGGAGGAAGGGAGGAAAUACGGCCUCUGCGAGGGAGGCUAAUUAAUAAACCUUGCCUGUGCUCAGAAGAAUACAGGCAAUACAAUUUUGUAUCCUAAUCAGUGGUUUUGUUACCCCUCAAAAAUUAGUUAGAUAAAUUGGCCUGUGGCAUCAUGGUUUCAAAUUAUUUUAUUUUUACAACUGUGGAAAAACUGAUGAAACCUUCACACUUUGGUACAAGGGUUAAUGUUAAUGUUGAACUGUGUGUUACAAGCUCUAGAGUGGCUCAAUUUGUCAUUUCCCUGAUUUUUUUGCAGUAUUAAAAUGCAACAUCAAAUUUACUCACAUAUGUUCUAAAUCGCAUCAUUUCUAUUCUAUAUUGCACCAUGUUUGCUUUUUUGUUUUGUAUACAAAAUGAAAUGUAAAAACCUUUUUGUUUCCACUUUUCAGCAAACUGGCUGCAGAUCAAUAUAAGUUUGGUACUGAAAUAAACUGAAUUCUGCUAUUUAAUCAUAGCUGUAAUAAAGUGGUAAUUGAACGUUGUGUCAUGUAAUUUUGGUCUGAAAUCAUACUUGUGAGUUUCAUGGUUCAUACAAUCUUGAAAAGGUCUUAAAUUUUACUAGUUGUCUUAAAAAGUCCUUGAAUUUGGUUUAGGACUUUAGGUCCUUGAAAAGUACUGGAUUUCUUUAUUAGGGUCAGUUGAAAAGUCCUUGAAAUUCACAACCUUGUCUACACUAGAGACCUUUUCUGUAAAAUUAGAUUAUUUUGGCGAGGAAAAUUUGGUUCAUCCUCGGUGUAAGAACCUGUAAAACUCACGGGUGACGUAAGAACAUUUUUGUGCAUGAACAAUAUUUUAUUACUGUUUCUUUAUUUCAAAUGCUAGUUCUGUACCUAAGUCUUAGUCAUACCCAGUCAUUUUGCAAAGUCUUCUUGCAAAAAGUAGAAGGCUGAUUUAGCAACAGAACGGGAACGUCAGUUGAUGAUGGUAUGCACAAAUCAAAGAACUGGUUUGACCAAUGGCAGACCAGCAAAUUGAGCACCAGAAGUCAUGUUUAGUCCUUUCCUUGCGCUUUCCCGUCGUCAACUGACGUUCCCGUCCUGUUGCUAAAUCAGCCUAGUAUAAAAUAAUGUGAUCAACGAUGGCCGAAGAAAUAAAACUUGUUAAUGACUCUGUGAUGUGUUUUAGCCAAUACAGACCGUAGGAUGCCGAUUUAUUAAAUAAAUCUUAGUCCUUGAAAACUGUAAUUUGGCCUUGAUAAUUUCUUGAAAAGUCUGUGAAAUUUGUUUGUCUGACUUUGUUAGAAGCAUGGAUUUCAAAUCGAACUCACAGUAAAAUCAUGCAUAUGAUUUCAGACCUUAUACUACUACAUGAGAAAUUUCUGCAAUUUGAUUGGCUUAGAGCAGUGGUAUUUCAGCUUAAUUUGAAAUACUUACAAUUGAAAAUUACAAAACUAUUGUGGGUAGUAGUAUAAACAAAUAAUAGUAUGAUUGGUGCGUGAUAUUUGGUAUAAAUACCACUCGUUAUAUUUCAAAAUAAUUUGUCUCAAAUUUCGUAAAAUUACGUAUAACAAUUCGAAAUAUCACUUGUGGUAUUUAUGCCAAAUAUCACUACAAAUCAUGCUAUUACCUAUACAAAUUACACUCCACUUAGUUCAAUUAGCAUGAUAAAUUAAGAUGCCCAUAUGUUAUUAUUGAACAUUUCCAACGGUAAUUGUAGUUGGUUGUUCUUGUACUGCUACAUCUACAUGUACUAUUACUUUUUUUGUCUUAAUGUAGACUUCAUCAAAAGCUGAUUCAAGCUCCAGUCGGCAGGUAAGAUACUCAGUAACUGAGAUAUUUUGUUCUUCUAGCUGACUUUAAGACUUGGAAUGUUUCUGUAGUUUCUGAAACUUAUAAGUUGUCAUUGUUCUCUGUUUGCCGUGUGUAUCAAAAGCAAUGUCAUCAACCUGGUGUGAUGAUGAGGUAACUUUUUGAUGAAAGUUGGAACAUUUUUGUUUUGUUAGUGGAAAAGUUAUCUUUCGGAGUGGUACUCAGUAUUUUAGACUGUCAUGGUUAAGUUACUACAUUGUAUUUAUUUAUCAAUACAUGUAAAUCAGUAAUAAAAUUCAAUGGAGCUCCAUUCCAUAUCUCGUAUCAUAAUCAAAGGAGUGCACACAUACAUUGCACCAAAAAUUGGCUUAGUAAAUAACUUUACUCCUAGCUGUUUCUAAAUUGCAACUAGUGAAUGUUUGUAAAGACUUUUGGUUGGAAAAUUUGCUUUAGUUUGUUUUGUUAAAGGGUAUUGUUUAUUGUUUGUCUCACGGUUGUUACUUGGAUAUUGAUCGCUAUGCUUUGACUGUGUGCCCCAGGUCUUUGUCACGCGAUAGUAUCGAUUUACUGAGCAGGACUAUUUGUAUCAUGGUGGUUGUUAGUGAUUAGUGUACAUGUGUAUUUAACUUAAUAACAGCUUAAGGCUUUACUACUUUGCACGUUAUACAGUGUAUACUUAAUAAGAACAACUGAAGUAACAAGAUGGAAUGCCUAAGAUACAAUCCAUAUUAUUACUAUUGUACUUGUCAAUGCAGGAGACCAAUUUUGGUGGUUCAUCUUCACAGGCAGCCUCCAAGGCAAGUAUAAAUUUUUUCAAAGGGCUAUAGCCUUUCAAUUUUUGUUUGCUCUGUCAGUACUGAACUGUCUGCCAUUAAUUUUUCCCUUCUUCACUGAAACUUUCUAUACUGAAAUACAUUGUACUAUAAUAUAGCUGUGUUGCAGUACAGCAUACUGUUUAUCCAUGUUUGUACAGUUGUACAUGCACAUAAUUAUACUCAGGAUAAAAUUUUCCAGCCUAGGUUGUUUUAGUCUGCUACACAGCCAUUUUUAGAGUUGUCAUGCAACGCUCCUCCCCACUAACGGCUGCUGAAAACCGAACUACAUUCCUUUCCAGUGAUUAGCCAAUUGUAAUUCAGCUCCCAUUUUCUGGAAGGUGUUUGCGCCACGUUUGCGGUACUGUGACUCCUCCAAUCACAGCUUUGCUUUUAUCAGUGCCCCAUGUGUGAAUGACAGAAUAAUCAAAACCGUCGCGUGAAAACAAGCAAUUAACUACAGUAGUGUUGUCGUAGUCGACUCCUAUUCAAAAUUUAGGAGAUAAGCAGCAGCAGCAAGCAAGUCGAGCAAAUUGCGAUGCACUACAUGGAUGUGCUCAUAAAGUUGCUAGGUAUAGUUUCGGGAAAUCGCUCAUCGAUAAUUUAUAAGAUUGCUUUUUGAAUCAGUACCCUUGAGAGUUUAGUCUUCACAGAACACAAUGAGCACAUCGAUCCGGCACAUUAAAUUCUUCAUUACAUAUCAGCACUAACCGAUCCUGGUAAAAGUCUUCUAGGCCUAUCAAACUGUUUUUUCAUUUGGAACUAUCUUGACAGCUUAAAACAAACUUUUUUGCAAAUUAACCUUUUCGUUGCUUGAAAACACACAGCCCGUCUAAAUUCAGCGACGAUUGAUUGAUUUGUCGAAAACUGAGAAGCGUGCUCGCUUCCCAGCGCCCUGUGGCUCACGUAUUGUCAAAUCUCUUAUACAUGAUUGGCUUGUUCGUUAGACCACAAACACAAAGGGAAAGGAAUGUAGUUUGGUUUUCAGCAGCCGUUUGUGGGGAGGAGCGUUGCGUGACGACACUAAAAAUGGCUGUGUAGCAGACUAAGGUUGUUUCCAAGUUAAAAAAUUUUAAACAGAAUUCAGUUUUGACCUAUAACAUACACACUGCACAUUAAAGAUACAUUUAUGUUUUUCUCUGUGAAAGAAGGCAUAAAAUUUAAAAAUGUUUAGAAGCAAUCAGAAGGUAUUUUGCUGAGGCAUAUCUGACUCAACCAAAAAAGCAAAAUAUUCUGUUAAUCUCAGGCUUGCUAGCAUUUAGGCCAUCUGAUUUUCUCAUAUUUUGAAAUUAUUUUAGUCUCAAUAUGAAGUCUCUAUUUGUAGCCACUGAAGUUUGUAAAUUUAUCACAAUUUUGUUCUUUUGGAGUGAUUUUACUUGAACCGUGAAAUAGUUAGUAGAAUACUAUGCACUAUUAUGCACUAAUUCUAUUGUAUUCUUAGUCUUGGGUUCUCACUGGACCCCUAUCCCAUUAAAAAGCUAAAGUGAUUACAUUAAUUUACAUGCAUAGCGUGAGCCAGCCCGUCCUUCCAGUCUCCAAGAUGAUGAUGACCUACCGUUACCUGAAAGCUUUCUUGCUGAAAUGUUUAAGGAGAAGAGCUUUGAAGAUAAGGAAAAUGGUAAGUUUAUAGGUACAUGUGUAACCGGAACAAUGCCUUGCUGAAUACUCCAAACCACAGAUCACUGGCUGUUUUGAGGGAGACACAGGGGGGGGGGGGGGGGGGUGGGGACUAAUCAGUAAGGCAAUACCGUAAGAAAAAUUGACAAAUUCUAGAAUACUGUGUUAAAAAUGGAUGAAAUACUGAUACAGCAUUUAAGAUCAGUCAGGCUUACUGUAAGUUGUAUCCAUCUGGCAUGUUUAAUUAUCUAAGAUCAAGCAUGUACCAGCAGAAGAAAUCAACCUCAGUCAUUGCAAGAUAGGGUGAGCUGAGAAGACCUCAAAUUGCAAAGCCCAGUCAUUGGACACAACAAAAAACAAUUUCAUUGUAGAUUAACUGUCAGAAGUUGUGUAAUCAAUUACCAUUAGGUCAAGAGAUGUAAGAAAAUUAACUUUUUUGUACCAGUGUAAAUGCCGCUUUCUGUGUUAUUGUGUUGCAUAAAUAUUGUAUUGACCUGUAGUAGCCUGGGGGUAUUAGAGGAGAGCAAAAGGGAACCAUACCACAUGUUUUAACAUGUGGAUUUGAAAAUAUGAAAUUACCGAAAUGCCACUUGAUAAAAACUCAAAACUGUGAACUUCAAUGUCCCCCUCUUCAGGGUGCCAAAAAUAAAAAUUCAGAAAGAAUGAAAUUAAUUGCAAAAGGCUGAAAACUACAUGUAAUUGCAAUUUUCUGCUUUCUGCCAAAGAAAUUUCAUUGGAAUGGCACAUCUGAUAGGAUUCUAUUGACUGAUACAAAAUUAAUAUUAAUUUAAAAAGUCUUACUGGUUGUCUAGAGUCUCUUAUACUAAAAUAUAAGCUGCAACUCAACGAGUCAUAACUGGCAUGUUGCUGACAUAGUGACAGAUUGGCCUUUGAAAAAAAGCAAAUUUAGCAGAUACAUGUAAGCUGCUUAAUAAGCCAUUUCUGAGUUUCCCCAAUCCAUUCUCUCAAAGGGACGCUAAGUGUGAAGCCACUGAUAUGAAAAUGAUCUUUUUUAUUCUCACGCAAAUAAAACUCAUCUUCACAAGAAAGGUUAAAUUGUACUUACUGUAGCCCACUAUGAGAGUGAGAACUUCUGCAACCCAGAAAUAGCCUUUUUCUGGGUUUGUGGUGCAUGUUCAAGGCUGUGCACCAAGAAAAAUUGAAGGGAGUCUUGUAUUCUGAACCCCUGUUAAAUCCAGGGUGCCCAGCACAAGAUGUCUAUGAGAAAACGUAAAUUUUCUAGUCACCUGCUGGGUCAACUAAAGUUAGGUGCCAGGGGCCAUUGGGCACUGCUAGAGCUUAGCCUUGAUGUCGCCUGUUAUUAUUUUAUUUUUAUUUAUUUCAUGUUUGUUUUCAGUAAAAAAGAAGCUGAUUAGAGAGUUUCCAGGCGUUGAUGAAGUUGUUAUUGAGGUUGCACUUCGUACUGUAAGUACAACUGUUAAUCUGUCAAACAAAUAGCAGUUUGACACUGUUGUUAUGUACUGUUAUAUGAUAAGCACUCCAGGCACAAUUAUUUCAGUAUUGGUUAUUAUAGAAAAAUUAUGCAGACAAGGAAAAUUGGCUGAUACAUGUAUUUAUCACUUGGGUUGACCACCACCUUUUGAAUGUUCCAAUGAUGCAGUUUUGCCACAAAGUACAUGUACCAUUUAAACGCUUCUCGCUUUGAACAGUCAAAACACAAGUUGUUGAGAACCUCACAGUACUUGAUUUACAAAAAAGCACAUCAAAUACAUGUAUACUUUACCUGUAUUAUGAGAUAAAAAAUAAACAUGCCCUUCAUGUAACAGGUCUUAUAGUUGUAUCCUGUGAAUAUAGCUAUCUCUACGUUCCUAGUAGCAAAGAGUGUUCUCUUUUGUAUUCUAAUUCUGAUUCUUUGGAUAUUUCAGGCCAAACAUGAUGAAAGCAAAGCCAGGGAAAUAGUGAAGAAGUUGAAAGGUAAUUCUUUACCAUCAGAGUCCUCUAUGGAGGCAUCUAGUGUGGGGUUUACUCUUCAACAGAACUUCACAUAGUCUCUUCAGUUUCCUAGUUAAUAAAAUAAUAAUUCUUUUUCUUUUUUUCACAUAAAAAUUUUCUUUAAUCUGGUUGGUUGGCCUAGAGCAAUGCACAAUGCAAAAUCAAGGAAAUAGAAAUGAUAAUAUCUUAUAGAAUGGAGCACUGAGCUUGCCCAAUGACCCUUUAAGUCCCAAUAGUGACUAACAGCAAUUUUCUCCUAACGAUAUCCAUACAUUGUCAUGAGAUGAGGUUAUGAGAAUUAAUAAAAUGAUCAUCUAAGAGAAAAUACUUCGAUCUUUUAUCAAAUUCUCUUAACUAAUUCUUAAAGGAAAUGUAUAGAGAUCAGUUUGGAGAAUUUGUAUGUGGAUAUUGGAGCUUCAAGGGAUAAACAAUAGAUAUAUGUACAUAUUAAAGGGGCUGUGUCACGGCAAUCCAGUUCAUUUUGUUUAAUUUUGUCAAUUACUCGCCCUCAAUCUGUAUAGAACUUAAAGUAAGUAGAGAAAUUAAAAGUAAAUGACAAAAUCAGAGAUCCGAGACAAACAAAUACAUGUGUCUCCUGAGCAUUAUUUUUGAAGUUGCAAGCAGUAAGGAUCAAAUUUGAAAAACUGUUGGGCUGAACAGUUUUCAAAAACUCUAAUUUCAAUCCGUUUCAAUCUUCUUCAGUUUUACCCAUCCGUGGCAUCUGUUGUAUCUGUUGUGUUAUUUCAACCUUCCUUUAAAGUUUUAAGCGCUUAUUUUUAUGUUUCUCUAAUUUAACGGGCAUUUUGUAAUUUCCUAAUUUGGCUGAAUUUUGUGACACAGCUCCUUUAAGAACCUAUCAGGUGCUGCAAUCUUUAUUGGCCACUUCGAGGUGAAGCAAGGGGACCAAUUUUGAUGCAGUAAAUUUUUUUCACAUUAUUUAAGGGUAAUCAUACGACUUUUCUCAUCCAAUUUGGAUUUUAUUUGCGUUUGUGUGAUUUUCAAAAAGCUCUAACUGCAUUUGCCCUACCGGCUCAGCAUUUUUGAUACAUCUUGAAAAACACAACCGUGAAGAAAAUUUUAAAUUAAACUGAAAGUUGUAUGAUUACCCAUACAAUAUUAAGAAUGGCCAGUGUUUUUUAUCUAGGCUGGGUUUUUGUCCUGUCCUCCUUGUAAAAGGGAUGGUGAUGCUCAUUGUCUCCAUUAGGAUUUAAAGUAAUAUAAAUUUUGGCACAUGUAUCACCUAUUUGUGGUGAUGAGAGUGGUCAUGAGAAUUACGGACAUGAUCAGGCAAGAUGAAUUUGCUUGAUAUUUUAUCAAUUUCUCCCCACUACUUCUGUAGGAAAUGAAUAGAGGCAACAAAGGAGAAUUCAAAUUUUGAUGUUAGGGUUUCAAGGGUUAGAGAAUGGUUUCCUUUAGGGGUCAAGUCAAGCCCGAACUCCGCCCAGAAGCUCAAUUUCGAUUUUCUGAUGAACAUUUUCGUCCCUUUAAUAUAGAAGUCCUUCCCCUGUGUUCUUCAAAAACCAUAGCCUGCGAAUAGGUUCUCUUGUGCGAAUUGGGGAAAAUUUUGGUGGCCCUGAACCGGCGCGAACUCGCCGGGAUGGCCAGCUCACCCUUCCACAACCUCGCACAAUCUAACCAGGUCGCAGGUUGCCCAAAGAAAACACCCUGUUUUGAACGAUGGUGGUUGUCGAUGGUUUUAUGUAUAAAACUACAUUUAUAAUAGCAUUUCUAAUAGUUGUUAUUCAUUCAUUCUGUUUAUUUUGCUAGGUGAUGAAGACAGCAAAAAGGGCCCUGCAAAGUGAGUACAAAACUUUCUACUAAUAAUUAAGUGAUUUUUUUCAAACUAGCAUCAUCGACUUUAAUUUUUUGGAAAAUAAUUGUUGGUACCACAAAUGAAGACUGCUCAUAUUCAGCCUUCACACUCCAGGUCCAAAACGACACCCAGCUGUUCAAGCCGCUAAAUAGCAUUUAUUGUCCAUGAAUGUAUACCUUGUUUAAAACUCAGAACCCUGAAAACCACAUCCUGUUCAGUGUGCCUGAAUUAACAUAAUUCACAUGGAUUUGUAGACUUUGCAGUCACUUAUCGUACCGAAGGGUUUUCUCGUACCAAGCUGAAAUCAGGCUCUAAUUUCGUUUCCCUUGGUAAAUAGAUUUCCGGUGGGCAAUGCGAAUCGAAAAGUCUUACAUUUAGUAGAGUGUAUAUCUGAAUUACGAGUGUUUGCGAAUCGAUCAAAUUUUUUUGCAUCACUUGCAUGUGCAUUCACUAGCCUACGAAAAGACCGAAAACAGCCGUCUCUCCCUGCACCUCGCCGUGGCACCAAAUGGACCUUCAACUCAACACCAGGUCCUUCGAGACCACAUACAUUGUACCAUGCAUAUCAGUUGGAAGAACAAAAGCAUCCCCAGAGUGUGGACAGACGUUACGAAAAAUCCCGCCACAGUCAAGUCCCUUUUAAUAUAGUGGACGCUCUACGGACCUGGAGUCACGCCGCUCCACUCAUGUGCCGAACCUAACUAAUGAAUUCAGUACGGCAAGAGAGUGGCGAUCUGAAUCAAUUUGGUACGGCAGGUUUAGUUUGGUGCGGCCUUUUGUCGAACUUAACUUAGGCUCGACACACGGUGCGCCGUAUGAAUCACAUUUCGUGCCAGUGUCGCUCCAAAGUCAAUCGUAUUCAGUUAGAUCCGGCAGAUGAAAAGUACGACGUCUUUUCGUUUCUCCGUUUCUGAUUGGCUCAAAUGUCUUUGCUAAUUCUUCAUAACCAGCUAGCAUUGACCAAUUAAUUUGGAAGGCGUUUGCGAUAUCCAAUAAAAAUGACGUCAAUAGUACAAGAGUACAAGUCUAUAGUACAAGUCUCUGAGUACAAGGUAUGGACAGCAAAAGGAUCCAGCGGUACAUGUACCGUGCAGUCGAUUUUCUCUUCGGAUUAAAUCCGUUUUCGUUUGUUACCAUUUUGGCCCCGGUUGUUCAAACGUUGGAUAGCGUUGCCCACCGGAUAAAAAUCUAUCCACUGGAUAGCGCAAUUGGUUUGCCUAAUACUUAUCCACUGGAUAGGGAUUUAUCCGAUGGAUACCGCUAUCCAACGUUUGAACAACUGGGGCCUGUAGGUUAAGCAUGUGACAUCGCUUGGUGCAUUGUAUGGGCCUUGUGAUUCGUCUUAUUUUCUUCCGCAAUUUCCUUGGUAUGUUCAGUUUGAUUUAACCUUCCCCUCGUUGUCAAAGGAAACAAGCAGGAAGGUGUCGAUAUUUUAGUUGUCAUGUUUAUGGUGUGGUGCCCUGUGCCGUUUCCUCUUUGCAACUUACACUGCAUUUACCAGAAUCAAGUUUCUUCAGCCUCUGUAGAAUAUAUUUCAUGGACAGGUGAGAUUUAACUUGGAAUUAAAAUUGCUUUUUACAGGCAUACAAAGUAGCAAGUUAACGACACCUCGAGAAAUGUAGUUGUCUCUUUAAUAGGCCCUGUUUUUUUUUCUGAUCAGUUACAUUCGGUUAGUUAGGUUGUGUUCUGUUCAGGAAAAAUACCUGUACAUUUACUUGGUAAAUCACCUUCAAUCAGCUCCAGCUCAAAACUUGGACUGGAGUAGCCUGCGAACCGCAGACGUAUUUCCGGUCGCCGCUUCUCUCCCUCCGGCGGGCGCCGAAAAAACCGGAUGCUCUUGCAGGCUAGGACCGGAGUAAAACAGUAGAAAACCAAUCUGCUCACUGCUUUUUGCGACACAUGCGAACCUUAUAGUAUUGCUGAUGUUUUGAACUCGGAAACAUUUCGAUUACAGGAUCUCUUUCCUUUGUACCAAUCUUUAACAUUUUCGCAGUCGCGCGAUAAAUAGGAAACUUGGUCAGGAUCACGCAGGAACGUGUGGCCCGGGCGUGAUAUGAUAUAUCAUGUGAUACCUGACGUCGCGUGAUAGUUGCUGUCAUUUGUGUGAGAAGCUUAUGCUCUCAAUUAUUACUGUGCCUUAUAGCCCCCUAGUGGCUCAUUCAGGUCUCUUAAUACUGGUGUGUACACAAAAGGUUUUUCCUUGCGUUCACUCUGAUCGAAAAAGAGACAACCAGCUACUGUUUGUAUCAAAUAUUGUGUGAUGUCGAUGAGCUGUUUUGCCCCGCUCACCCCAGUCCAUGAGUUACGCAACAUCUCUGGGAAUCAAAUUUCGACGAUCCCUGUUCAAACGUUUUCAUGCAAAGGUGAGAUUCUAUCUUUAGUCGUAAUUGAUUAAGCAAUGGCCGAAAAAAUAGCAUAGUCCAUAAACUAUUACACAAUUGAAUUCUGAGUUAAAGAAAUAAGCCUAGUUAAAAUUUUAGCAGCGAUGUUUUGUGACUCAGAAUGACUGCUUAAACUCUUUCCCUGAGAAUACAAAUGCUUACCCUUUUACUGUUCAGUCCUAUUUUUGUUGUAUCGUGAACAGGUUAUACCGGCCAACGUUUUUGCAAUACACUCUUUUUUUUUAUAAGAAUGUUGUUUUUCCGGCCCAGGCUGAAUAUUCUUAUUUUUCUCCCGAUUUUAGGCUGAAAAUAUUCUUGUAUUAUUCUUAAAUUAUAGCUUAUGACAUUUCCGUUUUAGAAUUUAUUGGGGUAUAUGUUCAUGUAUUACAUGUACCGUUCAUCGAACUGUCAUUAGCGUUGAACAUUUUGCUAUAGCUAGUGCAGGUUUUCUCGUUUUGUUGGCUAGUUUCGCCGUUCAGAGAAAGGAAUAAUUUUAUAUGGUUAAGUUAAAAACAUAAAAUUGUAUUGUAUUUACAGAUGUUUCAACACACAAAAUUAUAUCUAUCCUUUUCAAAAUCUCAGCCUCGGCUUUAUUCUUAAAAUAUUCUUAAAAUUUUGCAAAUUUCAGCCUCGAUAUUCUUAUAAAAUAUAUUCUUAUAAAAAAAAAAGAGUGUAGACCUAUUCGGCUAACUCAAUGUUGUACCCGAUUCAAACCCUUUGGGAAUAAAACUUUUUGUUUCAGGCAUUUCCAUACAUUUAAAAGAGAAUGCAACAUUAGAAUGCAAAUACAAUACACAAAGAAUCUUAACCCCGGGAGAUUUGAAUUGGGCACAACAUUGAGUUAGCCGAAUAGAUCUACAUGUAUUAGGUGUAUGCAACAUAGGAGAAUUGUGCGAGGGGGCUAUUUUUUGUAAGGUCUUUUAGAGUAAGAGGGCGUUGCGUGACUUCUUCCUCAUUACUGAUCGGCAAGCCAACUCAUGAGUUUGGUUUCAAUAAUCGAUGAUUUUAAAAAGGCAAGGCAAGAAUAGGCUUCAAAAUACUAUUCAUUGCAUUAUCACGCGCGGUUUUUAAGCACUCACGUGUAUCUAUUGGCCGGAUUUGCAACAAGUCUAAAGCCGGUUAAAAAAUCACGGUCACUUAAAAUAAUAGCCUGUAAUUGGCCUCCUUGCCUUUAUUCCAUAUCCGUCUUAUGUCUUCCAUUGUUUGCGUAUCAAUUUUAACGCCAUUGCGUCAAGUGAUCAGUACUGGAAGGAAAUAAAAUCGACCAUAUGGCGCAAAAAUCAGUUGCUUUUACUUGGCUCAGGAACUUGACCGGCUUAAUGGUGAUGAUGAUCAUAAUAAUAAUGAUUGUCUAUUCAACCUUUUUGCCGCAUAAACUGAAUUACAAGGCGAGUCAUUAAUUACAUACAAAUACUUCGGAAUUAUGACACGUAAAUAUAACUGUUAAUAUUAAGACAUAUCACAUUUCGGUAUUUUAAACGUGAUUCUGGUAUUUGAUGGUUCAAAAAUUUCCAAAUCUGUUAGUUCUUGAGGAGGCAGGCACAGAAACAGUUUCUCCUGUUCAAAGGGCAUACGGUCUUGUCUGUGCAACUCGCCGCACUAAGUUUCCUAGCAGGUCGGAAGAAGAGUAACUUCGCUUGAGAAAUGUUAUGCACGCAUCCUCCCUCCUCUGGAGCAGCAGAAUUGAGCCUGAUUUCUUGACCGCGUCCUCGUAGCUCGGAGAAGGAAAAAUAAUUUUUAGCGUCCUCUUUUGUAUUGAUUCAAUUUGAUCACUUAAGUAUUGCGUGAGGUCAGCCCCGCGCAAGCGGGACUCGCAUACUCUAACAAUAGACAAGAAUAAGCUGCCUAUCAGUUAGUAUGAUGAUGAUGAUAAUAAUAAUAAUAAUAAUAAUAAUAAUAAUAAUAAUAAUAAUAAUAAUAAUAUUAAUAUUAAUAAUCGACUUUGUUGAGUUGAAAAACAAUAAGAAUAGUAAAUCAUCGACUCGGAUGUGGCAUGCCCUUUUGAUACCCGAAUUACAGAAAAAGAACGAGAGAAGAUUGACCACUACUAGGACUUAAAAGUGGAAAUACAAAAGCUGUGGAACUUCAAAAACGUAUCUGUUGUUCUAGUUGUAAUUGGGGCGCUUGGGGCGCUGACCGAAAACUUGAUGAUGUGGGUUACGUAGAUAGGAACACCUGCGAUCCUGAACUUACUCCAGAAAGCCUGCUUGUUGGGAACAGCAAAGAUCUUAAGAAGGACUCUAGACACCCAAGGCUAUAGGAUAUAGCUUGACGGAGCUAGGGAUACGUGACCACCGAUACAAUAAGUGGUGUGAGAUAUGAACAUUAAUAAUAAUAAUGAUAAUGAUUACGACUCUGAUUAUCCUUAAUUAUACGACACGAAGUCCCAUUGUCAAUUGCGAGAAUCUCAGGACUGGAAUAUUUACUAAAGUACAAAGUUCAAAUCACAUCAGCUUACAGCUUCUAAAGCAAAAACAUGGAUUACAACUUAUCGGGUUAUGGAGCUCAAAGUACAUGAACGUUUUAAAAUACUUAUUUAAUUUUAACCAAAUUGAAGGUGUCUAGAUACCAGAUUGUUUUAAUUGUUUUUUUAAAGCUUAAGUUCAAUACAAUAUACAGUAACAGAGAGAGAGAAAUAGAAAAGAAAGGUAGCGUGGUACAAGAAAAGAUACAAUUCGUACAGAGGGUAUUACAAUUCCUGGUUUGCAACCACGUGACAAGGCGGCCAUAUUGGGGUUCAAUACAAUAGAAUUUUUCUCCAAGAAUUUGUAUAGGUAAUAGCAUGAUUUGUAGUGAUAUUUGGGAUAAAUACCACAAGUGAUAUUUCGAAAUUGUUAUACGUAAUUUCACGAGCCGUCAGGCGAGUGAAAUUUGAGACAAUUUUGAAAUAUCACGAAUGGUAUUAAUUGUUUAUACUACUACCCUUACAAGGUUUGUAAUUUUAACAUGUAGGUAUUUCAAAUUAAGCUGAAAUACCACUGCUCUAAGCCAAUCAAAUAUCAGAAAUUUCUCAUGUAGUAGUAUAAACAUGAAAAUAGAGUUUAGUUACCAGAGGAGAGAAAUGCUUUUCUUCUUGACCACCAACAUGGCCGCCCUGACGUCACCUGUAAGCCAGCAAUACUAAUCUAACUUAAAAACUGAUAAAAAUCAACUGAACAUGCGAGAAGAUAUCUCUUUUGAAGGUUUAGUAAGCCUUUCACUUGCUUAAAAAGUAAAGCAAUAUUUCGUAAAGUAUACAUGUGUUCCUAAAUGCCAAACUUGUUUCCAGUACUGUAGAAACCCCACGGUUAAUGCGCGCGUAUCGCACUUAUACCUUGACACCCUUUGCACCAGUUCUGACUGGCAGCAUGACUGUGUUCAGUAUAUUUCCCAAAAAAUUAAAGAAUUUAUACACGACCCCUCAAGGUACCAAGCUUUAAAUGCCCACGUGUAGAAAUAAAGAUUGGUUGAUUGAUUGACUCAGUGAUAAGUCGAGAUUUUCUUUUGUGCACAUAGGAAAAAACAAGAGCAACCGGCCAAAGCCAAAACCCAAGCUGCGCAACCCUCGAAGCCCAGGGCGUCUACUGAAGAUCUUAGUAAAGCUAAAGGCAAGUCUACUGCUAAAGCGAAAUCCGCCAGUCAAGAAUCUUUAGAUAAGGCCAAGGCCACUAAUGUGCCAAAGGCUGCCAAGUCCACCAGUCCAGCAGUUACUGUUGUUGCUACACCGCAGCCACCACCACCCCCGGCUACUCCAUCCAUGUCCUUAGCAGGCCUGAUCAGUGAUUCCAGCACAGGUGGUGGUUCAAAGUCCAUUUCGGAGAUGACUGGUCGCUCUGGAAAGAAGCCAUUUGACACGCAGUCGAAGCAAUCACCGCAGUAAGUGUGUUUUUAAACCUAUAUCAAGCUGACACCUUGAAACGCACAACUACCCACAUUAUAACCAAAAACAGGCUUUUGUGAAGGAAAGAAAUAAAACUUAGUGACCAUUGUCUCCGACUUAUAGGAAGAGUACGUUUAAUCCAGGUUUUACUGCAAUUUUUUUCAUGUUGCUCGUGUACUCUUCGGUAAAUCACACAGAUUCGACCCUGGUUAGCAUGACUCGAUAAUUAUUUUCCGAACUAGAAUUGUCUGUGCAUUUUAUGAUUGUUUCAUAUUUUUUAACUAAACAUGACCGCGCGUCUCCGCAGAUUAAAAACAGGUUAAAUGGAAUCAGUUUCAGUAUACGUAUACAUAUUAAAACUGGACCAGGUGGAAGAAUUCUGGAAAAAAUAUUUUUGUUAGUCCUCCUUCUCUCUGGUGCCUUCAUGCUGUGGAUUCCCUGUUUUCUGGAAACACCUUUUUUGUCUCUGUUUAAUUUUUUUCAUCUCUUAGGAAGAAGAUGUACGUUGGAAGUGGCAAAGCCUACAAGUCUGCUUUGCUGAGUGCCACCAAUGGACCAAACCCAGCUAAUGCAAACGGGCCAAAUCCACUGUUACUUUUGUAAGUGACUACAUACUAAGGACGCGUUUCUUUGAGGGAUUGUUUACAUGUAAUCCAAACACGGCUUUUGCGUUUCUUUACUUAAAAACAAAAAUGGAUUUUUAAUCGAAAGAAUCAUGAUUCAUUGUUUUUAUUGUUCGCCGUUUCAAUAAUAGGGAGUAGGGAAAACAGUGGAUGUUUAAUCGAAAGAAUCCACACUGCAAAUUAAUCUGAAUCCGGACCUUUGGGAUUUCUGAUUUCCAGCCGGGCGUCAGCACUUUUUGGUUGGCGGAUAUUCGAAAAAGGGUCUUCCGGCAAGCUGGUUUCCCAUGAUGAUAUUAGCUUGAAAAUAUGCUAUUAAAAAGCAUAUGGAUAAUGAUAAUGUUGAUAUCAUGAUGAUGAUGAUGACGAUGAUGAUUUUUCCAUUCCAAGAUUGGUCCCCACCUUGUGUACCCUGGGUUCCACAGGCUUUUCAUGCGCGGUUUCCGGUUUUGGUUAAGUCUUAAAAAGUGACCCACGCGAAAAUUUUCUUUCGAAAAGCUUUUUCUCGCGACUUCGCCGCUCGUGUCUUCGGCCGAAGACUUGUCGGCCUGCGGCCGACGAAGCUCCUCGUCACACGCGAGAAAAAACCUUCCCAUAAGUGACCACUUUCCCACAGCUCUCCCUUCUUUGGCCGUUGUGUAGACUUAGCUACAAGUCGAGCUCAAAUGUUUUCUCGAGCGCUAAGCGCGAGCGGUAGAUUUUUUGUUUUGUGCGGCAAAAGCGAGCGAGAGAGCGAGAGCGCGAGAGCGCGACUUGUUUCCCCUGCAAGAAAUCGCAUCAAGUGACGUCAUUUUGGCGCGAACUAUUUUCGUCCCUGUCGCGUGUGUCGUCGCGAGCUGUCAAAGUAUGUCAAAACAAACAAAUAACGGAAACAAAAUUCAGAUAAGAGAAAGAAAAUAAAGUAAAUAAAAGGGAAUGUUCAAUACAAAAAAAGGGUAAUGAAAAAAAGUGCCGUCUUGCCAUAUUUUGUGAGUUCAGUCUCCAGACGUUUCGGGCUUCAAGUACGUAAGAAUCGUUGCAGGUUUGCAUGCGCCAUGAAAGAAAGCACAAAAAAUAAAAACUUUGUAGUGCGCGCGCUCAAAACAAAACAAGUCGGUAAUGUUUUUUCGCUCCAUGGCUGCCAGGAAAGUCCGGCCUUGGUAAAGUACUCAAAUGGAGGAAGAUAAAACGCCCGCUAUAAGAGCUUUGUAUUUGAAUGCAGGCCAUAAAACGAAGAGGGGAGGGGGGGGGAAUACAGCCCUCAAAGAAUACACAGUUCAAUCGAAUUUGGAUCAAAACAGUUCACGUCACGUUUAAUGUGGCGUGAUCGGGUUUGAUUGACGGCGCAUCGAUAAAAUCGUUCAUGAUUAGAUAAAACCUACAGGAGGAAAAUUGGUCCUGUAAAUUUGGCGUGCUGUAGGGGAUAAAAGUCCUUCGCGCUGGGCCGGCUGGGGCCAGCUACCGGCGGAACCGGAAAUGAGAAGCGAAGGACUUUGAGACAGUGUAGCGGUUGUGUAACGGUUUGACUGCAAUUCUUUUUCUUCUUUUUUUCCUUCAGGCCUGAGUGGGUACAGCCUGAAGGACCUCAGCGCCAAAACCGCAUGGGCCCGCUACGAGGUAACAGGCAGGGACGAGCCAAGCGAACUUUGAAUUGCGGUACGUAAAAAACGUGUCGUUCAAUUGAUAUGAAAUUUAAUGUGUUUGUAUAGACUUUUUUCUGUCAUACUUAUGUAGCCUGUAUCGAUUAAAGAAUUUAAGGGGCUGUCCACACAGCUUGGUGCCCGGGAACCAAUGCUGCUACCCUCACAAAAUGAUGUUGUGUUCACACCUGGGGUACCCGCUAAGUAACUGUGUACAUAGUCUCUCGAGCACCGGCUAGCGUGGGUUCUUGUAAAAAGGGGGCGUUCACAUUAGUGCCCAGUGAGUACCGUACGCGGGAAUUGUACCUGGGCAUCAAGCGCUUUCCAAAAGUCAGAACUGACCGGCCUGACCGUGGCCGGACCGGUCAUUUUGAAAAUGAAAUAGGCUUUUCCCAAGAGUUUUUGAUAAAAAGCCAUCUCCUUCGUUCAUGCUUUUUAGGAUUUGAUCUGGUUGGAUAGUUUUGAUUAAAAGUGAAAUUCUCAUUACGACGGGAAGGGCCUGGCCGGUCAGUUCUGGCAAAUGGAAAGCGCUUCCAAGUCUAAAAUGCAUUUGAACGUUGUGUUUUACAGGUCCCCAAGCAAGUAACCGUAAUGGGCCCAUUCCUAAUUUGGCCAACGGAUCAAUUUACGCCAGGACAGCUUUGAUGUCUUACGUGUAGAUACCAGACAGGGAUUCGUGUCAACAGUGUAAUAAUGUUAACAAUCAUAUAGAGUAGUUUUUGCAGCGUGACAAAUUACAUCUGUAGUUGUAGUCCUUCCCUGGUUAGAGUCGGCGACAAAAUUGUUCGAGACACGUUGUUCUAAAGUUUUGCCAAGAACGUAAAAAAGGAAAAAUAGAGCCUUCCCUCCCCUACCUCCUCCAUGCUAUGUUGUGACGGUGUUCGAGCUAUCUGUAGAAAACAACAAACUUUGAGUGGAGGGGACGGGGGGGGUUUGUAUUGUUUUGUUCUCCGAAGUUACCCCAUUUGGGAAGAAUACCUCAACAAUUUUGUCGCCGAUUGUAGUUUCGAAAUGACGUAGUUGAGACUUUGAGUGGGCUCUCUGUGGCGCACGUAAAACCCGUUAUAUUGGGGCUACCAGCACAGGUUUUCUGUUUAUUUUGUAACAGUUUUAACUGGCACUCUUACUUAGCAAACUUCCUGAAAAGAAUCGGUUGUUUGGUCUGCAGUACAAUGUAAUAUGAAGUAUGUACCUAAUGAAACAUUUGGUUACGAUACUGGGUAACGUGAGCGAGUACUGAGGUAUAAUCACAAAUUAAUUUUCAAAAACACAGGCUAACAGGGUCAACUAUUAACGGACUCAUUUGUAUGAUGGACACCUCCCUAAAACAGACACUUACGGCCAGUUAUUUAAGAGGAAUUUAGCCCGUGCUUAACAAAACCGCGUUCUAAGUCAUUUUCAGUUUGCACAACGUUUUUAUCUAAACUCCAUUUAUGGUGAACAAUAUCAAUAAAGCAACCCACUAAGCCACUAAAGAAGAGAACUGGAGGUGCAAUGAUUUCUUAAACAACUGCCUAAGCUAGGGCCUGUUUACAUGAAGGUGGGGGACCCCAGUAGGUGAGGUAACCCGCGGCGGUUCACGCCACCUCUCAUGUAAACGUGAUCAAAUUAGAAUGAGAGAUUAUAUGGACAGGCGGGUUACCCCACCUAAUCGAGUUACCUCACCUAUCUGGGGUCCGCCGCCUCCGUGUAAACAGGCCCUUAGACUUCGUUUCAAUAACCCACCCUUAGAGUUGGUCCUGCCGUUCUUCAGUUAUUCUUGUUCACCCUCUAUAGGACGAACAUCUAAGACGGGCGCUGAGUGUCGAUCUUUGUUCCCAACAAAUUCAAACUAAAACUCUUGCGUUUGCUUAUUCAGGUCUUGGGAAUAACGUCUUAAGCAAUUUUAAAGAAAUUGUCAAAUAACAGAUAUGUAUGUUUCAUUGUUAAAACCACCUAUUACUUAAAUUCAGUUUAUAUUAACUUAAUACUUCGAUUCCAUCAGGCCCCGUUUAUAUGGAGAUAAGUUGUCCCUAGUAGAAGGAUCACUGGCCUACCUGAGCUGCCCUGGACAAGCCAACAUUUCAUACAUUUCCUUGCAAAACGUGACGAUCCGUUAACACGAGAAAAAAAAAGGUGGCUUGGCCAGAAGAGUGACCAACCUAGCCGGGUUCCCUUUUUCGAUGGUAGGGCACUCUCCUAGCUGGGCCAACUUUUCCUCGUACAACACUUUGGUUCGCCCAGCCGAGUCCAAUCGAUCAAGGCGAGAAAAUCAGAGCAUGUGCGAGCGCUGUUUUAGACAAUCAGAGCAUGCGCGAGCGCCGUGUUUGCUCGGGCAAAAGGGUCAACGUUUUUCUCAGAUAGACGCAGCUUGCUGAAGUUGAGGCGGCUGGAACAACUUUUGUUCACUUAAACGGGGCCUCAGGGAAUAAUUGAAACGCCUUGUGUGGCCGAUAAAAGUACAAUUUUACAGUAACUCUGGUUUCUUUGACAACGGAAAAGGUGUUUUACAGA